UUCGCAACGUGAACUUCCCUCUUGAACCUUCUAAUUUCCCUCUACUCUUUGUCUAGCGUUUAUUUCACUGAAAUAUACUUUUGCCUUGUAUUUUUGGUUAAUAUCAUUUACCCAUUUGAAUUUCCUAACGUAACUUAUUAUUUUCUCGUAGAAGGAAAGUGAUAAAACUUUUAAACUAUAUUAUAUAACUGGUGGUUCUCCAAAGUCGUUUGGCGGAUAGAAUGAUCGGAGUCUGGCACAACCACGAUAACACAGUGGCGAUGAGCGGGGGUUCUUGCCGCGGGCGAUAGUACAGCGCACGCCCGCGCUGGCCGCCGCCGUCCCCGCAGCUCGCGCGCCCGCGCCGCUCCCUCGCAGCCAUGGUGCGAGACAAGAAGUCGCCGCACAAGACUGACUCACAGAAAUCCAGUACCAAUUUAGUUGGAAAGUUUACACAAAGCGUUCGCCGUAUUGUUCAAGAUGUCAAAGACGAAGGCACUUCCAGCGGGCAGACUAAGGAAGAAGUUAUUGAAACGAAUGAAAGGCUCCGGAUGGUACGAGUGAGGCUGGACGAGAAUUACGAUACAGCCAAGAAAGCACUCAUCACACUCAUGGCGCGCUACAGCGAGUCCAAGGCUGAAAGAAAUGUCUUCACACGAUACGCACUACUCAAAGCUAUGAUUAAGGAUGUCAUCCGCCUAGAAACCCAAUACUGGUCGUUAGUCGAAAUCCCAAAGCAAGAGAAAGCGGAGACGGUACCAGCUUUCGUGCUUCGAGCGUGCGCCAUCAUGGAGAAGACUCAGAAAUCUGGAGAAGGAGUCAAGACAUCCUCCAAGCUGGCUGAAGAAGCUGCUGACAAGAGGGAGCGAAUAGAACGACUUAAUGAUAUGACAACGUCACAAAUAGAAACGGAAAACACUCAAAUGACCAAUGAUUUGUAUCGUUUGCUGAAGAAAUACACCGGCUUGAGGAACCUCAUCAGGGAAUUGAAGUCUGAAUACGUCAGUUCGAAGAUAUACCCAAUGUUCCCGAGAUACACAAUGCUGAAGGAUAUGAUAAAAGACAUUAUGCAUGAUCCUGAUUACAUGGAAGUCUGCCACGAGGUCGACCCCUAGCGAGGCGUGCGCAAAUAAAUGAGAGCCUCCUUCACCGACCGACCACGGUCAAGACGUCGCUAGAAGCAAAUCCUUUUAGGGAUAUGAAUUAAAGAUUCAUUGCCACUUUCAAAUCCUCUUCAAGCCUUGGCAACUUCGGUGUUCGCAUAUUAUAUGCUAUGUAUGCAAAUUGCAAUUAGCUUAACCUUCAACCUUAAGCUUGAAAAAUAGUUUAAAUAUUGAAUUGAAUGACAAAAACGUAAAACUUAACUAAACAUGACUAUGUGCAAGUGAGGAAGAAUUUAAGAAAGCUACAAGCAAGAUCGCUGCAAUGAAAGCUUUUUGGCAUCAUGUACGCCAUUUUCCAUUCUGCCGUUAACUAAAUAAUUUCCAGUUUAUAUAAUAUUGCCUGCGAUAGAAUAAUUUUAAGCAUUCUAAUUUUAUAUUGUAUGCUCACAAACAAUAUGAACUUUUGAAGAGUAUGAUCAAAUCAAAACAUUAUGACGUAGUUUCUUAUGGAUUUUAAACAUUAUCUAAUUUAUCGCUUAUCCUUCUAAUUUUUUGUUUAAGCCGUGAUUUAUCUUUUGUUUACACGAAGCAAAUUUUAUGCAAAUAUAUGAAAAGUGGCAAGAGCUGAAAAUUCAGGUGUUACUAGCGUCGUGUAGUGUGACGAGUACUCGUUUAGUUUGCGCGACUUUGUUAAUUGGACUUUGUUCUGAGUUUAUAUUAAGUGAGUUAGUGUAAGUUAGGUACUUUAACGUUAAGUACUCGUCCGAAUCCGUAUUCUCUAAUUUCAACGUUAACCUUCCUUUUUUCAAGUUCUUCGGUCUUUUAUUGAUCUUCAAUGUUUGUAAAAAACCUACCAAAACACAUAUCCGGCUGGAUCAAAAAUAUUAGUAUAGUUAAGAUAAACUGAAUAAGUGAUCAUACGUAUCUGUUACCUGCAUAUUAUGUAAAGAUAAUUCAACUGAUUCUGUUUCCUAAGCAAAUCAAUAAGAGCUAAGUUCAUACUACGUACAUGAUAAUAUGUUAUGUAUUUUAUGAGGGCUUCACAUGUUAUUUAUGUAGGUAGUUACCUACAUAGACUUUUAAAAAGCAUUAGAUAUUAUUAUAUAAUAAUUUUAUAGUCAUAAAAGUAGUUUUUAUGUAUUAUUCAUUAUUAUUUUUUUAUUAUU